UAAAAACCAAAUAAAUUUUCUCCGUCGCUUUUUACAAUGUGCUAAAAUCUUUUUUGAUUAGUUUUUGCAGCUCACAAUAAAAGAAAAACAAGUAUUUCAGAAAUAAAUAGAAAGUAUUUAACAAAAGGAAAAUAUUUUGUUGGGAGUAGGUAUGUGUUCUGUGUGAAAACGAUUAAACAAACUCAUCAAGUGAAAUGGAUGCUGUUGUCUUGCACUCGGACAUUGCGCGUCUUGUGCUAGGCUAUUUGAAGCGACAAAAUUUAGAACGCACUUCCCGUUUGUUUUGCAAAACUUCACCGCAUCUGAAACAGGAAUUUUCAGCCUAUAGAAAAGGCUAUACGCCACAUACCUUCGGACCCGAUUUGGAGGAUAUCAUUUGUGAAUAUGUAAAUAUUACAUGUACAGUUGAUCGGCUUGUGUCGUCCUUACCAAGCAGCCUGCGUUUUCAAUUGUUCGAACGCAAGCUUUCAGAAAAAGUUAAUUUACUGCUCGAGCGGGCUUUAGAUUCUUUUUUGAAAGCCGAGCAAAGCGAAAGCAGUGCACUUAAAAAAAGCGAUGUCAAACGUAGUUCCGCGGCCAGCACGAGUGUGCCAUCGGAUAAAGAGAACACAACUAAAAAGCAAAAUAAACAAAAAAGGAAGCGCACAUGUUUAAUAUACUCGUCAGAUGAGCGUAAAAGUCCCGUCUCCUUGCAAAACAAAUUGACGAAAAGACGCCGCAUAUUAGAACCAUUUUGCUACCUUAGUGCGAAGCAAAAACAUAAUUUGCAACGCCUUCAAAAGGAGUCAGCAUCCUCAACUGGCGAUGAACAAACGCAGACUGAUGAUGGCGUUGAAGACGAGAGUGCCGAUGAAGAGGAUGCAGAAGUGCUUGAUAACGAAUCAGAUCUAUCGAUUAGGGAAAAGCCUACCCAGGAGUCAACGCCACGCAAUAUAUCGGUAAAAGGAAAAUUUCUAACACCAUCUGUGCCGGAUCUGUCUCAAGCUAUAUUAGAUAACCCGCAUUUUCAAAUGAAGCUAGUGGAUAAUAUCAAUCAAGCACUCAGCAGUUCCGUAAAUCCUGAUGGGCAAGCAAUUUUGUCCAACAUUAACAGCACAACUGCUAAUAUACAAACAAACACUGAUACGCUAUCGGAGGAGCAGCAAAUUAUUAAUUCAAAUGAAAUGUUAGAUCAAAUGGUCCAGGAUAUAUUAAAGGCUACCGAGAAAGAUCCUGCAUUCGAUGCAAUUAUUGAAAACGUCGUUGGUGCGUCCGUACAAUCGACCAAUGUUUCGGCAGGCGUACAAUGCCAUAUCGAUAGUAAUCAACUACAAUCGCAGCUAGGCUUGCCAACUGUACCUCCUCUGUUAGGACAACAACAACAACAGCUUUUUACUCUUGUGCAACAACAACCGCAGCAAUCUUUGAAUGUGCCCUGCUUAGCUGCCAUAUCGCACGAGACUGCAGCUUCGACUACGACUCCACGUACACCGCUUCUUAUACGUACUGCCGUAGCAGCGGCUAGCACCUCGCAUAGCGGUGGUGGCGAUGCCAGUGCCGGAGAAUCGCAAGUGCUAUCCGCGCUAACCUCAAAUAAUUCGUUUGGUUCGUUGAUCGAUCCAAAUUUUUCCAUAUCAAAGUUGAUAGUUUUGAAUCCGAAUGACGGCGCACAGAAGCCAUCCUCUGCUGAUCAAAGUAUUGGCAAUACCACUGCUGAUCAGUUAAUUACCCAACUGACUAGUAGUGGAGCUGAGGCGACUGGAGACGAACAGGUUUUCUUCGAUGCUAACACAGGUCAAUUAACAAUUCCAUUAUUCCUUACCGACGAGGGGUUGCUGGCCAAUUUCCCAUUUCUUGUCAAUAAUGAGGCAGUAACACAACAACUUCAAACAGACAACAUCUGUAACAUGGAUGGCUCUCGUAUUGAAAUCCCUCUGCCGGAACCCAUUAUAGUAUCAGCAGACCAGUUACCACCAAAUUCUAUUAUCGUGACAAGUGCUCAGAAAGCAAUCACCGUAGAAGAGCAACGCUUGCCAGGCGCACAACAACCGCCCCGCACUGUCUGCAAGAAAACUAUGGAUGGGCCAGCGCCCUCCUCGUUAAACGUGCGUUCAAACGCGGAUGGUGAAACGCCCUCCACAAGUGGUAUAGUUAAUUCAAAAGCGUACAAAAGCCUGUCAACGCCUCGUAAGCGCACAUCGCAUGUACGUACACUUUCGUUUUCUCCGAAGGUGGAGGGCAAUAGGAUAGCUGCGAAAGCUGGUGCCACACCACUUUCUACAAGGCGUGAUGCUGUAGCUUCUACUACAGCACUCUUAGAAGACGGGGAAGUACCAGAAAACUUCUCGGUUGUACCAGAAAAACCUAUAAUAAAAAAUGUGGAGAUAUUACCACGCCUAGACGGCACAAUCGAUGUGAGCGCCAAUGAGAGCAGCAAUAGCUGCAGCGUACCUCCCUUGUUUGUAACAGAGGAGAGCAGCAACCAGACCGUCAUUAAAACGGAGCUAUCCCUCAAAGAAAGUAAAGAAGUUUCUCUGGCGGUUCAACCUAAGGCAACUGCUACUUCGAAAUCGACUAUCGCUGAUCACCCGGACACACCAAAGCGCAAGCAGGUUCGUAGGUCGGCAGUGCGCGCUUGUAAGCGCCGGCUUUCAAAGUCCUCGGAUGAGCUAAAGUUGGUAACCAAAAAUCAAACAGAGAAGAUUGAACCUAUAGAAUCAGUCACUGAGGGCAAGGAGCAAACUAUCGAUCAGAGAAAAUUAAAUGAUGACAAAAUGAUGGAAGAAUGGUUACGCUUACGAAAUGCUAGUACUAGCGACCUCGAUUCUCGUUUGCGUCAGUUAAACGCUGAACAAAACGCGUCAAUACCCAAGUCUGCGCGUAGAGUAAGGUCUACCCCAGCAAAAAAGCGCAAGUUGAGGCAAAAAAAGGCCGUUGUUUCAAAACGUAGGCGAAAAAAGGCGGCAGCGCUUGCUUUGCUAGAUCACGAAAGGAAAAUUAGUUUGAAUGCCAGUGUGGAAGUUGACGAAAGUAAAGAGGGCAAUGAAAGUGACCAACUGCCAGUAGAGGAAGCUGUAAUCAAGGAAAAAGAUAUUAAAUCAAAGAGAACUCGCGAGAAAAAGCGCACGGUUAAGGACAGAUCCAUGGAGUUCAAUAUUAAAAUUCCGACGCCACAAAAAGAUAAACGUGAAUCCUUGUUGAAAAUGAGAAGUGAACGCACGACCAGCGACACCGAUGAAUUGGCAACACAUCCGCCCGCUGAUGCUGCUGAUAGCCCAACGCUGCAAAAUCGGACUGAACGAACGGAACAGUGCAAACCAACUGUGCAAAGGACUGAAAAUCGCUUGGAACACGAACGCGAUCGCCGCACAGCCAAUAUUGCUUGCUUGCUAGAAACGCCGUUUAAGGCGCCUACAACAUUGGGUGAGGUACCGCCGACGCCUGGCAUGCCGGUGCCCAUUUUAGACACACCUGCAUCGAAAUUAGGGGAUAUUCCUCUUUCAACGUCAUAUCUUUUUGGUUCCUUAACAAAAAGCGAACUAGAAACACCCCAAUUGAGCGCAAUAACGCCCGGAAUCCGUUUCACACCUUUCGGUUCAAGUCGGGAUGUGACACCACGCAGCGUUGCGCCUGCGACUGAUUACUCCUCCGGUGGCUCGUACUAUAAACCUGAUGAAUCCGAUGAUUUGGACCGAAAAUUCGACAAACUUCUAAAAGACUCAGCGCAAAAGCAGAAGCAAAAAGAAGAGGAAAAGCAAUCCCAUGCAGCAGAGGUUAAAAAUUUACUAUUCGAAGACCAAAGGGAGACGACAGAACUGCACAUGGAGCAAAAACAGGACGCCAUUUGCGUUGAAAUACCCGCUGAGAAGCUAAGAGUUGAACCGAUAGUACUGAAACGUGUAAAAUCAUUUGGUGCCGAAGGCACGGAAGAUGGCGAAGGCGCGACAGCGUCUAUAAAUAUCGAUCCACAUUACAUGCUCGCCUCUGAAUUGCCUGAAAUUUGCGCCGAAGAAGAGUCGUCAAAUUCAUCUAGCACAUUUUCGAGCUCGUCCUCUUCGUCCUCAUCGAACAGUUCCUCGUCCAGCUCAAGCUCGUCGUCGGAUUCGAGUGCAGCAUUACACAAAGCGACAGCUAAGGCCGAAGAGCAGAAAAAAUCGCCAGACAAUAACCUGCGCUUAUCGCUGGAUAAUCUUUCGUCUAUUAGUAGCACCGAAGAUGAGGAGUGGCAGAAGUUGGCUGUAACAGAGGAAGAGAACUCGCAGCUGGUGGGUAAUGAUGGUGAAGUGCGCUAUCCGGUGCGCAGUUGGCUAACACCAAGCAAAGUAGAACAACACUCAGCUAGAGAUGCGCAAGAGCGCGUGUUACCGACCAUAAUUAAGGUUACUGUACCGCUGAAAUCUGCGGAGAAAAAGAAUCGCUUAGAGGAAGAUCUGCAGCAGAAGCGUGAACGUAUGAUGGAGAAACUAAAACGAGACGCCAAUCAGGGGCGGGAAAAACGAUCGAACGUUCCAUCGACACCGCCAAGUGGUAUUACUGCAGCGUUGAGCGCAACAAGGAAGAUUGCUGCGAUGCGAGAGAAAGGUAAGAGUCAACCAACAAAGUCUCCAUUAUCUGCAGCCACAUCAACAACGCUGGAGCCACAUCUCGUCCAGGAGGAGAAACGUACCAUGGAAGUGCUGACAGCGCUGCAAUUGUCUGCGAGGAAGUCUCAGCAAACAAGGGUGAGUGAGCCGAAGACGCGAACAUCUGCUAUAGCACCGCUGAUAAGUGCCCUAGACGAUAAUGCAACAUCAACGCUCUUUUCAAGCGCCACAACAUCCUCAUCUAUAACAACAACAUAUGAAUUAACAGAGAAAUCUGACCGUUUGCCGUUGAAGACACUGAUUUCGAAGGUGAAAGCCAAGCAACGGCAAUGCUUGCGAAUUGAAGCAUUACCGGUAUUGAAGUCAACACGCUCUUCGGGAGCUGGGCGCAAGAAAAUUGUACGUAAUCCACUUGGCUUCAAGGGCACAACAGCAGGAGAGGCGGUUGAAAUAGCAGGGCGAAUCGACGAAGUGAAGUCGCCUCGUAAGUUGGCAGAGAAGGUCAGAGAUGAUAGCGAUGGAAGCUCAGAAGACAUGCGUGCUGGUAUUAGUCCGGUGCCAAAAAUAAAAAUUAAAACAACAACAACAACUGCAGCUACGAGUAGCAAAAUACGUGUUUCGCCACGCUUAAAGGGUAUCAAGAAUGCAAAGCCAAAGGACUGUGAUGCAGACGAUCUAGAAGAAGUUCCAACUAAACCAAUAAAAAAACUUAAAACAACCAAAAGUAUGAAGACCAGGGCUACUACGGCUAAAUCACUGCUAGGAGCGCGAAUUAAAAUCUCGCCAGGGCGGCCAAGAAUAACGAAAAGUCAAAAGGCAACGCAAAAUAUGCAAUGUGAAGCAGCGAGGCUUGCAAUCGAACACGCGCCGCAUGAAGACACGGUCCCAAUCCAAAAACCAGUUGACGCGGAAGUUCCAAAAACAGGCUCAGCGCAAAAAGAGGUGCCUGCUAAGGAGACUGUAGUUAAUACCCAAAACGGUGAUAAAACAGAGAACGACAAAAAGAGCGCAGAUAUAGCCGAAGAAGGAAAGCAGUCGGGAAAACCAACUAAAACAUUCAAAACACCUUUGGAAUCCAUGAAAUUUGCCAAGGAUGCUGAACAAGCUAAAACUAACACAGACGUUCCUAAAGCCAAGGAAGUUGCGGAUCAGACUGAAGGACCUAAGGCAAAGCCAACUAAACCCAAUAAACAUUUGCCACAUGAAAAAUCAGUCGCACCAGAAAACACAGAAAAAGGUGAUGCGGUUAAAAAGGGAGAUAUGCCAAAACCUAAAAGGAUGACCACAGAAAGCGAUAGUCGAGCCGCUGAUAUUCUAAAGGCAAAAUUAACUAAGCCGGAAAUCCAAUCAUUGCAAAAAGCUGAGUCCGCUGAUAAGCAAAAGUGGGCUGUCCAAACAGGAAACAUCGAAGCGCAGCAGAAAUCAACUGCGCCGAAAACGAGAGAGACUGUGCAAACUAUCGAAGAGUGUCCAGCGACUCCAACAUCUACAACAAAUAUGGAACCUGCUACAACCGAAACUUCUGAGGAUGAUCCCUUGGAAGGUUGUGAACUCGUUACAGUCACCGAUGAGGAUCCAGUGCGUUUCAUAUCGGUUACCUACGAUGGCCCUGAUAUGCCACCACCUAAUCCUUUGCCGCGGCGAGAUUUUACAAACUUCAAAAUGGUCGUCGCUUUCGAUGAGGAUGAGAAACAUAUUUGGCGUGUAAGCGAUGAUCUAAUGCUAUUCCACUUAUCGCCCGCAACGCAGCAAAUACGAAAUAUACCAAAAAAGCGUAAGGUUCGUAUAAAUACCUGUAGCAGUGAUCAGGAUGAUGUAGCCAUGGUGGGGGUAGUGCAUAGCACGACAACAACUCUGGCAACAGCCACAACAACGUCGACACUGACGCCUGGUAGCAGCACUGACAUUGAUAAAAAUGCUAGUAGCAGUACAAGGGAGAUUGAACCAGUUGCAACAUCGACACCAAUAUCUGCACCAGCUACUAGCAGCACACAAGAAUCUCAAAAACUGUUAUCAAAACCAACAACAUCUGCCGCCGCCGCGACAAAAUCCACGCUGCCAACGAAACCAACCACAAAGAGUUCUGCAGGUACUACAGAAGUACUCCAAAUGGACGAUAUUGAAUCGCUGCUUUCGCAUUUACAUGGUAAUGCAAAUUAAGGAGCUUCGGAAUUGGAUAAAUUUUCAAACAUUCGUUUUGAUAAAAUAUUUGAUACAUGCUAUCUAUAUGUACAUAGCCGAUCAUAUGUAUGUAUAUAAAGGACUACUAUAGCAAUAAUUGUUAACUCUACUUAAUGUUUUAAUUAUCUAUAUCUUUUAAGUAUACUGUGACUAUGCUCAUUAAUACAUAUUCGUAUUUACGUCUGAUCGUUCCAUAAGAGACGUGUACUGCAUACAUAUAAUUAAUUACCUUGAACAAAUGCAAAUGAAUUCAGAAAUCUGAAAAAUAGUAUAUACAUCCAUAUGUAUAUAAUCUUAAGAAUCGCUCGCUUAGUGGCAGAAAUAACUGUAAUCAGCUUAAGAAGUUUAUUUUAUUUCCCUGAUACAUCGUUAUUUUUACGUUUUAUUCCAGAAUAUAAAUAUAUAUAUACAUU